AUGAUGAUAAACGCCUGUCUUGACCUGGCGUUGGUCUGCCAUCCUGUACUCGCAUUCCUCACCAUUCAACGAUCGAAGAUGCACGCUCAGCAGUCGAAAUGGCAGUACUUUGUAUUUUCCUUCUUCUUGAUCCUCGCGGUGCGGUAUGCGAGUAGUACGGCAAUCGAGACGCCCGUGGUCGAUGGAUUGCUGUGUCAGUCACAAGAUUCGCCGAAUCCAAUUGCCUCGAUCUAUCCGAAUAACGCCACUGGGACGUUGAACGGGACGAUUGCUGUUCUUCCGAUUCCCCUGGCACUGGCACGUCAGCUUAUACCAUCCCAAUACAAGAUUAUGGAACAUGCCUACCGAGAUUUGCUGCCCCAUUUUCCAAAGGACAUGUAUCCGGCCUUCAUGCAGGCCGUGCAUGAUCACGAUGUGCAAGCUUUCGGCUUCAACAUCCCAGAUUUUUCUCGCGCCGGUCUUGAAUUUCCCUUUCUGGACCUCCUCGGCGACAACAGCACAUCGUUCAAAUGGAUUCCGUCCCUCCUCAUGACGGCGACAAACCUCAUCGCAAUCAAAGGCGCCACCGACUAUGGCAGCACUGUCUACCCCGCCACUUUCAAGCCAGAGUGUGACGCCUACGCUUCCACUGGGACAGCAGGGACUACUACUUUUUCCGCCAAAAGUCUCGUGCUGGGCAAUGCCUCGUUGGCCAUCAAAUUCGCAACCACGACAAAGGAAGUCUACCCACUGAGCUAUUUCCAAAACGUGACCAACCAGCCCAUGUUUGGCAAUGGCAAGACGUGCGAUAAUAUGAUUCGGCUGUUCAACACAAGUGUCACCACGGCGCCGAAUCGCAUUGACCAGGUGAUGGGGUCGGUGACGACGAAUGUCGGUCCUUUGAAGGGGGAGAGAACGUGGAAGGGUGUGUAUGGGCUGAGGUUGGAUACGGCGUUUAUUGAGAACAACUAUCUACCUUGCGAGAGCCUGAGGGGGUAUGGUACGGGGUAG